UGUGAAGUGGCCCCCUCAACCAAAACAUGUCGAAGUUUUACCUGAGAUUAAACAAGACCAUUCUUUAAACGCUAUUGUACACGACGUAAGCUCAAGAAGGCUCAUUGAAUUUAAUCGCUUCUCCAAUUAUUUAAGACUCGUGCGAUCGGUAGCCUAUGUUUUAAGAUUCAUAAAUUCAUGUAAAAGGCUGCCAGAAGUCUCAAUAUUUUUAAGUGAAAAGGAAUUGCGAUAUUCCUUAAUUUUAAUAAUUUCAAAUUGUCAAUACGAAUCCUUUCCCGAGUAUAAAUUACUUUUGAAUAAAGAAAGCUUGCCUAAAAAAAGUCCACUCUUAAAAUUUAACGUAUUCUUAGACGAAAAUAAUAUAAUGCGUGUUGGAGGUCGUAUUGACAACUCAAAUUAUUCUGAUGACAAAAAACACCCUAUUAUUUUACAGUCCACUCACAUUUUUACAAAAUUAUUAUUCGCAUUUGAGCAUAAAAGAUUAUUACAUGCUGGUCCUCAAUUAUUGUUGGCGUCCAUUAGGGAAAGUUAUUGGCCCAUAGGUGGUCGAAAUUUAGCAAAGACUUGCUAUCAUAAUUGCAUCAAAUGUACACGCAUAAAGGGUAAGGUCGUUACUCCUUUGAUGGGAAAUUUACCACAGCAGCGUCUUCUUUCCGGUGGUUAUCCUUUUAUGACUGUUGGUGUUGACUAUGCAGGCCCUAUUAUGUGCGCAAAUCGUCAAGGUCGCGGUUGCAGACUAGUAAAAGUGUAUAUUGCGGUUUUUGUGUGCUUCACGACUAAAGCCAUUCAUUUGGAGCUGGUGGGAGAUCUAACGAGCAACAAUUAUUUACUGGCUUUACGACGAUUUAUUUCACGAAGAGGGAAACCCGUUAAUAUUUAUUCUGAUAACGGUACGUCAUUUGUUGGUGCAUACAACGACUUAUCAAAAUUUCUAAAGGCUAAUUUUAAUUCUUUAGGCGAAAGUGCAGCAAACGACGGUAUUAAUUUCCAUUUUAUUCCGGCGUAUGCGCCACAUUUCGGAGGCCUCUGGGAAGCGGGUGUCCGUUCGACCAAGUACCAUUUACAGCGAGUGUUGGGUAAUUGUACAUUAACUUACGAAGAGCUUAACACUACACUUGUACAAAUUGAAGCCGUAUUAAACUCUCGACCACUAACACCACUUUCUUCGGAUCCAGCAGACUAUAAUCCACUGACCCCAGGUCAUUUUCUCAUUGGCCGAUCACUCACAUCCUUACCAGAACGAGAUUAUCGAUUAUAUUCCACGAAUAAUCUUACACGAUUCCAACGCAUUGAACAACUUCGUCAACAUUUUUGGACUAGAUGGAGUAAGGAAUAUAUUGCAGAAUUACAACAACGCGUUAAAUGGCGUUCCUGCAAGGAUAAUUUGAAGUUGGACACUUUAGUAGUGAUCAAGGAGGAUAAUCUUCCGCCGUUGAAGUGGAAAUUGGGAAGAAUUGUGGAAGUUCAUCCUGGACCUGACGGCAUAGUACGGGUUGCUGAUAUAAAAACGUCCACCGGAGUGAUUCGACGGGCUUUUAGCAAGAUUUGUCCAUUGCCAUCACUGUCUGGUUGAAGCUACGGCAUUCAACGCCGGGGGGCAUGUUUAAACGCCUGAUUCUUUUUUGUUAGCCAAGAAAGCGUCAACAAUAAGUUGAUUCAUGUUCUCUAUUCGUUCGUUGGUUAUUCGUUAUAAAAGUCAUACAAAUUA